AUGACGAGGCAAGUGGUUGUGGCGACGGUGGCCGCGGCUGCGCGUGGUCGUGCAAUGAGCACCGCUCAAGCCAGUGGGGCAGGGUCUUUGCCACCACCGGGGGCGAGCUUCGGCAGCUUUUUCAGCGGCAAUGUCGACGCCAUGAUCCGCACCGAGCUUGACGCCUGGCCCGUGCCACUGCCCACGGCUGGGUGUCCGCCUGCUGUGACGCUACCCAGCAGCGACCAGCCACUGCAACCGGGCUCCCCGGCGCUGCGUCGGCUCUUCAUGCUGGACCCUGAGUUUGCCUUUCUCAACCACGGUGCCUUUGGUGCCACUCUCAAGCCCAUCCACGAGCAAGCCUCACGCUGGCGCACGUAUCAGGAAGCACAACCUCUGCGCUUCUUUGACCGCGUGCUGCUGCCCCACCAGGCCCGCAACUGGCGUGAGGUGGCCAAAUUCAUCAACGCGCAACCCAAAGACGUUGUUCUUCUUCCGAAUGCCACCACCGGGCUGAAUGCUGCGAUUGAGCACGUGGUGCGCACCGCGGCCUCUCGCAGCAACAGUGUCAUCCUGUCCACCAGCCUGGCCUACGGGGCCGUCAAAACCAUGUUGGCCGUUGCUUGCCAGCGCCAUGGUGUACAACAGGUGGAGUGUGAUCUACCGCUCAGUUCGGCGGCGCCUCUGACCACUAGGGGUGUGCUGGCCGCCUUGCAGAACUCCGUGGAGCGCAUCCUCGCCGAGGGCGGACAACCCACGGCGCUGGUUCUUGACCACAUCACAUCCAACACCGCCGCACGGUUGCCCAUUGAGGAGCUUGCAGGGUGGGCCCGCGACCAGGGCAUCGACGUCCUGGUUGAUGGGGCCCACGGCCUGUGGCAAGAGCCUUUGGAUAUGGCGUCCAUGCAAAGAAGCGGUAUCAAAGCCUAUGUCACCAACACUCACAAGUGGCUAUGUGGCGCCAAGAGUGCCGCUGUCAUGUGGGUUGAUCCAGCCUGGCAGGACCACUUGCGCCCACUAAUUGUGUCACACGGCUACCGUGGUGGGUUUUUGGAAGCCUUUUCAUGGGACGGCUGCCGUGACUAUGCUGCCGUGCUCACUUUGGCCGAUACUAUUCAGCUGUGGCGGGACCUGGAUUUGUCUGCGUGUCGAGCCUAUACCUCGCAGCUGUUGGAUCGUGUUGUACAGCAGUGCUUGGCUACCUUUGGGACCACCGAGCCACUGGACCCGGAGCUGAGAGCUGCCAACAUGCGACUGGUACCGCUUCCUCGCUGGGUGCAUCCCAAACGCCCGUUGACGGGAGAUGAUGCUCCAGAGCUGCAGGAACGCUUGUAUCGCCGCAAUAUCGAGGUUCCAGUCAAACGAAUCAAUCAAGGACAGGAGCUCUGUGUCCGCCUGUCAGCCCACGUGUACAACACGGAAGCCGACUACGCCCCACUCCUGGAGGCCUUUGCCACGGAAUCUAGUGCGAUGCGCCUUGAAUGA